UAAGUCUUCUCUUUCUCUUACGUUCAUUUUUUUUUAGCCUGAGCUUUUCACUUGUACGCUGCACCCCUCUCUCUCUCUCCUCCAUUGAAGCGUACUCUGAAUUUUCCAUUAAAGCGGCGCCUGAGCUUUUUCUCCUCCAUUGAAGCGGCGCCUGAGGUGAUCGUUGGAAAUCCUAUCUAAGUUGUGCUGCAGUGUUUUCUGAGAACUCUGAGCUAACUGUUGUCCGUAGGACUUUGCAAAAUGUCUGCUGGACCUGGACUUGAGCCUCUUGUAGAUCAGAUGAUCUCAGUUAUUACCAAUGAUGGACGCAACAUAGUGGGAAUCUUAAAAGGUUUUGACCAGGCAACAAAUAUUAUUCUUGAUGAAUCACAUGAGAGGGUUUUUUCUACCAAGGAAGGAGUCCAACAAAUUGUAUUGGGUUUGUACAUCAUCAGGGGUGACAACAUAAGCAUUAUUGGUGAGCUAGAUGAAGACUUAGAUGCUCAUAUUGAGCUAUCGCAAGUGAGGGGCCAUCCUCUGAAGCCUGUCAUUCACUGAUCAGCAGAGUGCUUGUUUCUGUAGGCUGCAUGGAAAUUAUCGAUUUCACAGGACUUGUGAUAAAGAAUAUAUAAACCUGUUUCAGGAGUGGUAAUGAAUUGGUAUAACAUAUGAGCUCGAUGCAGAAAGAGGGGCAUUCUAGAAGACUGGACUUUGAUAUGAAUCAGGGUUUAAUUUUUUUUUUUUUUUUUUUUUUAUUUUCAUCGUCAUUAAUUUUUCGUUCAGAACGAGUCCAAACUCUCCUAGUAGAAGUGUGAUGAUUUAUCAUCUUUGUACCCAAGUAAAUUUUUUUUUUCCCAUGUAAGGCGUUAAGAGUUUGGAUUUGAUUACUGAACGCUAGCUGAUUCAGCAUGAAGUUGAGAGCUUGUUCUUGUUUUCCAGCCUGAACAGUGAGAGCUCUUAUGCUUUAGUUCAUCUUUCUUUUUGUUAUUCCAGAAUUAUUAGAUACAAUGAAUUAAACAGUACCGAUAUUAAGCAUCA